AUGGCUGAAGAAUUCGACAACGUCGACUUCCUAUCACAGGAAGCAGCAGUUCAGCGGUCAUCUGCUCCGCAGCGGACAGCAAGUCCUGCUACAACAAACACACCCACAAAGGUGGUCCAGCCAAAGCCACAAGCACUGCCUGGGAGACAGGGUCCGUCGGCAAUCCUAGUAUCAACUCGACAAAAGGGCAAUCCUAUUUUGAAACACGUUACGCAGCUGCCGUGGGAAUACUCUGACAUACCAUGCGACUACGUGGUCGGCGCCACGACAUGCGCAUUGUUCCUAUCUCUCAAGUACCAUCGCUUACACCCAGAGUACAUCUAUAGUCGCAUUCGCCAGCUAGGGAAGCUUUACAACCUCCGAAUUUUGUUGACCAUGGUGGACAUCACGAAUCACGAGGAGGCUCUGAAAGAGCUCUCCAAGACUUCGAUGAUCAAUAACUUGACGUUGAUUCUGUGCUGGUCCUCCCAAGAGGCGGGCCGCUAUCUAGAACUCUUCAAAUCCUAUGAGCACGCCUCAUCUGCAUCGAUUCGGGCCCAUCAAGCAGAAACUUACCAGGAGAGUCUCACUGAGUUCGUCACGACGCCACGGAACAUCAACAAGACCGAUGCUGCUAGUCUGAUCAUGAAUUUUGGCUCUCUUCGAGCGGCUGUGAAUGCGGAACCAGAAGAACUGGCUCUAGUACCAGGAUGGGGCGAGAAGAAGGUCAAGGCUUGGUACACUACUGUCCGGGAACCGUUCCGUGUGAGAAGAGCCGCCAAAUCUAAUGCAGUACUACUGAGGCAGGAGACGUCUUUGUUUUCUGAAGGAGCAGGCACUCCGGAGUCAAGACCAGGAAGCGGACACACACCGAUCCCUAUUGGUACUGUACCCAGCCUUAGCAGGCAGGGGUCAGCUGCUGUUGCGAUGCAGAAUACAACUGAAGCGGGCCCGUCCCAUAAGCGUCCUCGGCUGGAAGAAGUUACCAUGGACGAUUUGGAUGAGGAGGAAGAAGCUGCACUCCUUGCUCUUGCCGAUGUAGAAGCUGCAAAAGCGGAGGCACAAACGACGCGGCCGGCCGAGCCACAGAGUCGCAAAGAACCAGAGCUGAGCGCAGGUGUUGCGGCGGCACUAGCAAAGCUACGACAGAAUGCCUGUGGCUGA